AUGUACAGCGGUGAAUAUAACAAUGGGAAAAAGGUUGGUAGAUGGGUUAUUUUGUAUAAAAAAGAAGAAAUUGGUGGCGGGUUAUAUGAUAGAUCAGGAGAUGAAGUAAAAGUUGAUGUUUGGGUAGAAAUAAUCGGCAGUUUUAAUUCUGAUUCCAAGGUAACUUGCCGUGGCGAAUAUAGAAAUAGUAAAAAGAUUGGUAGAUGGGAUAUUUUUCAUAAAUACGAAGGAAGAAAUUAAAAAAUAGGAGGUGGAUCAUAUGAUGAAUAAGGCGAUGAACUUAAGAUUGGUUAAUGGAUGGAAAUAUCAGAUUUUUUCAAUAAUUUCUCUUAAGUAAUUUACAAUGGCUUAUAUAAAAAUGGCAAAAAGGUUGGUUACUGGUAUAUUUGGGAAUAAUCUGAAGGAAAUUAUGAAAGAAUAGGUGGUGGAUCAUAUGAAGUAUCAGGCAAUGAAUUUAAGGUGGGUCGAUGGGUGGAAACAUCAAAUAAUUACAGUGAUAUCUCUUAAGUAACCUACAAAGGUGAGUACAACAAUGGCCUUAAGAUCGGCGGAUGGGAUAUUUGGUAUAAAUAUGAAGGAAAAAGUACCAAAAUAGGAGGCGGAUAGUAUGAUGAAUCAGGCAAUGAAUUUAAGUUGGGUCCAUGGGUGGAAAUAUCAGAUGUUUUCAAUAAUUUCUCUUAAGUAACUUACAAUAGUCAAUAUAAAAAUGAUAAAAAAGUUGGUAGAUGGGAUGUUUGGUAUUAGCAAGAAGGAAAAAAUGAAAAGAUAGGAGGUGGAUCAUAUGAUGAAUUAGGUGAUGAACUUAAGGUUGGUUAAUGGGUGGAAAUAUCAAAUAAUUACAGGGAUAACUCUUAAGUAACUUAUAAUGGAGAAUAUAACAAUGGCAUUAAGAUUGGCCAAUGGGAUAUUUACUAGAGGAUAGGCUUUGAUUAACCAAUUUAAAAAAUAGGCGGUGGAUAAUAUGAUAAUGUAGGCCAUGGAGUAAAGUUUGGAUAAUGGAUUGAGUUGCAUGACGAAUUCAUGAAUACUUCAUAAGUUACUUUUAAUGGUGAAUAUAGAAAUAAUAGAAAAGUGAAUAGGUGGGAUAUAUUUUUCAAUUCUAAUGGAGAGAAUAAAUUGAUUGGAGGAGGACUUUAUGAUAAUGAAGAAAGGGAAGAUUUAGCUCCAGGUAAAUUAGGAAAGUGGAUUGAGCUAGAUUAUAGAUUUAAUGAGUAUCAAAAUUAAAUCUAAUAUGAUAGAAGUUUUUAAGUUACUCAUCAAGGCGAAUACAAGAAUAAUAAAUAGACUGAUAGAUGGGAUACCUAUUUCUAAGACCGUGGUGGAUCAUAUAAUGAAAAUGGAAUAAAAGAUGGUUAAUGGGGUUUAUUGACCACGAAAUUUAGUCCCUACAAGCUUACCUUAUUUUUAGGUUUAUUUACAAAUGGAGAAAAAGUGGGAAAUUGGAUUCUCAUGAAUAUAAAGAUUGAAGAUCACUAUAUAAUAUUUGUGAAGAUAGGAGAAAAAACAUAUGAAAAUGAGAAAUAAUAUUGA